AUUUCAGUACCAAAAGCGGUAACCCCGAGCUACACUCGGGCUUACCCUGCGGCACUGCUCCGGCAUGUGUUCUUCACUUACCUUACCCUGCGCUCCCACGAUGUGUCCCCUGCAGCGUCCCCGGCCAUCUCCUCCGGCCGAUGCCGGCAUCCGGCUUCUGUGUCCUGUCCCUGUGACGUCGGGACGUACGGGCGCCGCCGCCACCGGCGGUGGGAAAUUUAAAAAUUUUAAAAAAUGUCAUUUUUUUUUUUUACACUUUACAUAUGCUUUGUCCUGCGCCCUGCCUGCAUUUUGUCUGUUCUUUCUG